AUGAGAGGCUUCUGCAAGCUGGACGGCGGCGUGCGCUUCCUGGUGCGGCUGCGAGCCGAUCUGCUCGAGGCGCAGGCGCUCAAGCUGGUAGAGGGGCCGCACGUCCGGGAGAUGAACGGGGUACUGAAAAGCAUGCUGUCAGAGUGGUUUUCGUCUGGGUUCCUGAACCUGGAAAGGGUCACUUGGCAUUCACCGUGUGAGGUGCUUCAGAAAAUCAGCGAGUCUGAAGCCGUGCAUCCUGUGAAGAACUGGAUGGAUAUGAAACAGCGUGUGGGGCCCUACAGGCGGUGCUACUUCUUUUCUCACUGUUCCACCCCCGGGGAGCCCCUGAUCGUUUUGUAUGUGGCGCUCACCAGCGACAUCUCCAGCAACAUCCAGGCCAUCGUGAAGGAGCAGCCCCCGUCAGAGAUGGAGGAGAGGAACAGAAUCACCACUGCCAUCUUUUACUCCAUCAGCCUCACACAGCAGGGGCUGCAGGGUGUCGAGCUGGGAACUUUCCUCAUAAAGCGGGUCCUCAAGGAGCUGCAGAAAGAGUUUCCUCAGCUGGGGGCCUUUUCGAGUCUGUCACCCAUACCUGGAUUCACCAAGUGGCUUCUGGGGCUUCUGAACUCGCAGACAAGGGAGCACGGGCGGAACGAACUGUUCACAGAUUUAGAAUGUAAAGAAAUCGUGGAGAUUGUCGGCAGCCCCAUCCGCGAGACCCUCAGACCCCUCCUCAGCAGCAGCGAGUGGCCACAGUCGGAGAAGCUGGUGCGGGUCCUCCAAGCGCCCCUGAUGCGGCUCUGUGCCUGGUACCUGUACGGGGAGAAGCACCGUGGCUUCGCCCUCAACCCCGUGGCCAACUUUCACCUGCAGAACGGGGCCAUGAUAUGGCGGAUAAACUGGAUGGGUGACAGCAGUCCCAGGGGCCUCAGCAGCUCCUGCGGCCUCAUGGCCAACUACCGCUACUACCCAGAGGAGACGGGGCCCAACAGCACCGCCUACCUGGGCUCCAAGACCAUCAAAGCUUCUGAGCAGGUCCUCAGCCUGGUGGCCCAGUUCCAGAAGAACAGCAAGCUCUAGGCACAGCCCUCCUACAGCUCAGGGCCACAUCCCAAAGCGGGGGUUCUGGGACCAGCAGGGGCUGCAGCAGGGCGCUCCUCAAGGCCGUGACGGAGCUGCUGCUGCACUGUCAAAGAUGUGCCACCCAAAGGAGGUGGCGGGUGCUGGUGCCCACACCCUUGAGGGUGACUGUGCCCCCAUAGUGCCAGGAAGCUCUGUGACCUCUGUGUCGCCUAGGGCAAGGGCGGGCAGCCCAGACGGAACACGUCCCUGGAGCUUGCGAGGCAGGCCUCGGCCCUGGCUGCUGUGACCAUUUCUCUCCACAUGGUGUAGAGGGGCGAAGGGCUGUGCUGCGCUCUGCCAAGGAAGCGCCGAAGCUCCUGCCUAACCCAUCUCUGACCUUGAGGUUGCUGCUGGAGGCCUGAGUCGAGUUCCAGACUUUAAAGCUGCAGUGAUUCAGGUUCAUAAUGAACUGCACAGUAAAGAACGCUGUUGUUCUAGAAGGCAUUGAAUGUGGUUAUUUAACAGUGGAUUGUCCUUAAGAUUAGACUCCAGGGAAGCCAGAAUCGGCUCCCCGCCAGCCCGUGGGAACGUGACGGGGACACCGGGUGUGGAGCAGAGAAGGGGGGUCAGUGCCUCUGCGUGUGUCCUUGCCCGUGUGUACACACGCCACCUGCUCACUUGGGCACACCCGUCCUCGUCCUGCAGCUCCGUGCCAGGUCCUGCCGUGUUCGCCGUACUGUGCCCUGGCCUGUAACAGACAGUGCGGUGGUGGUCACUACAAUGCUGCCUCUUCCUGAGCCCACGGGACAGCAGGCUUGGCCCAGGACCCAGUCCAGCCAGGCCCGAUGCCCAUGGCUCUCUGCCCUCCCCUCAUCUGCCAGCCCCCAAACUGCUGCGUCCCACGAGCUCCCACACCCGGGCCUCCUGGGGCCUGUCACUAUCCUGGGGGCUCAGGAGAGCUGCCACAUCUGGGCCUCUGGGUGGCAGGCAGGUGCACGCAUCCUGAGACCACAACUCAGAUCCCUGUUCUACCUCUGAUUAAGGAGAAUUCAAAAAUGGAAAAGCGAGAGCAGGCGGACGUGGUGAAGCUCUGCUCCCCAGUGGUUCGUGGCCGACUUCCUACAGUGCUUUAGUGAUGCUCGGCGAGGGCUGGCUGGACAGACCAAGCGAGGGACGGGCCAGCGCCCCUCCUGCCGCCUCAGGGAGUAGCUGUGAUGACCGAGCCCCUCGCUGGCUACCCAAGAGCCCCUGAAGGACGGAAGGUAGCUUUGGCUCCACGCCCACCAGCCGGUGACCACACUGCCUGGGACUGCACAGCGUGUUCUCCCUUGGGUUGGGACUCUCCAGCUCUCUGUGGAGCUCAAAAGCAGCCAGCAGCACUUAGUUCUGGGGGCAAUGAAACUGCUCCUUGGGUCCCCGUGUGCUGCGCAGUGCCGGGGGCACCAAUAGCUUAGUGCAGGCAUUCGGCCUUGGACCUGUUCCGCCACUGCUGUCCAGGGCUCCGGACAACCACUGACCGCUGCAUCUUCCUCAGCACAGUGCCUGAUGGCAUGGUGGCUCCCGGAGGAGCACAAAAAAAUGGUCAUUAGGGGUUGGUUUGCACGUGCCCCAGGUUCAAGGCUAAGGCCACAGCCUGCCCCCCGCACUCCGGAGCCUCUCUCUGAUCCUGUCCCCUCUCCACGCUCUGCUGCAGACAGACCCCAGCCCUUCCAUCCCACCCACAGGGGCUUCCUCAGAGGCUCAGCCUUGUGCCCUGCAGGGAGGGACUCGGAGCCAAGGGGUGCCAGUGAACUUGGGGUGCACCUUCUCUGACUGGUUCACAGGCCUUGGCUCCAGCCAGUGCCCAGUUCGGAUCCCAGCCUCGCCGCUCUCCACCGUUGCUCAUCUUUAACUGGGAGCCCGGGUACCUGUCCUGCUGAGGCUUGAGGGAGAUGUGCGUAGAGCGUUUUCCGAUGCCUGGCUCACAAAGCUGUGCUGCUGCUCACUGUAAAGACUCACGGUGGAUGUGGGUCCCUCGGUCACUGGAACGAAGGCUCUCAGAUCCGCCGUCCCCUUAUUUAGUUUAAUUAGAGUGUUUAUGGUUCUCUGGAAUGGGCCUCUCUGCCUCUCAAAGCUCUGGGCACAUCACCUGAGGAGCCCUUUAUUCUCCUGGCACAGUGUGGAGGACCCUUCCAGGCUCAGCCCGGAAUCCCCUUCCCUUCAGGGACUCCUGUGCACUCAGGGCUUCUCGGCCACCCACAUGCUGGUGCAGAGUGGCUGGCCCUGGGUGUGGCGUGACUGCAGGGAGCCCCUUUACCUGUGGGCCCCGGCCUGGCCUGUCCAGGCUACACUUACAUGGCCCCUGGCUGCCUUUUGUUCACUGUUCUGUUUGUGCUGGGGUCAGCUGACUCUCUCGGACCCCACUUGACAGACAGCAGGCCGGCUGUCCUGACUGUUGGGUAGCUCCUCUGGUGGUCUCCCAUUGGGACUGGGUCCUCUGGUGGUCUCCCAUUGGGACUGGGUCCUGGCUGGCCCCCUCGGCGAUCCUCCCAGGCGCUAUACCCCCUCUUACCACUAGAUGGUGCUGCUCGGCUCCCCAUCCUCUUCCAAGAGCCUGGGAGCCUAAUGCUGAGUGUGUUGCUUUGAUUGCUUGUGUUUGGUUUUUGUCGUGCUGGAUGGAGCCCAGGGCCUUGCACAUUCUAGGCAAGUGCUCCACCGCCCCAAGCUAUGUCCCCAGCCCCAGCACUGAGUUCUUAACAGGUGUGGCAACCAUCCAGGCCUUGAACCUGUGGUAGGCUGUACAUCCUGCUCCUCUCAGGGCCAGUAGCAGAUCUCAGAGCUGCUGUAGGAGAGGAACCCAGGGCUGUCUGCACCAGUGCUUCCCUUGCUCUCCAGAGCUGCUCCAGCUCACACACCAGCCAGAGCCUGUGCUCAGCUCUGCUUUGCAGAUCACUCUCCAUAUGUGGGUCUCACAGGGGUCUUAUAGGACCCCCAGGCCCUUCUUGGACCUCAGCUCAGGCUGACAGGGCCUCUCUCUGGUUCAGGCCAGAAGCCUGGAUCACAGCUCAGAUCCUGAUUGACUUAGGAGCCAUGGUUCCCAAACAUCAGUCUUUUGCUGACCACUGUAGUGUGUGUGUGUGUGUGUGUGUGUGUGUGUAUGUGCUUAGCUGACCCCAUGUGUGCCUCCCACCACGGAAUAAACCUCUGCAGGGUACCCUAGGCCUGGGGACAUGGCAGCCUCACUGGGCACCCUGGGUCCUCAGGCCCCUCGCUCCCCUCCCUCUGUGUGCAGCCAGUGCCCCUCCCUACUGUACCAUGCCUACUGCCCAUCGGUCCCGGGAGCUUCCAGGGCGGGACACCCACACCCGCGGUGGAGCCAGGGCAGCAUGUAGGUGGCAUCUGGAGCCUCCGUGUGCCCUGUCCCUGCUCCUAGCCCUCAGCUGCUGGCCCCAGUUCCCCAGCUGGUUUGGGGGGUGUCCCCCAGGAGUGACCGCAGACAUCUCCCAGUCCUUCCUGCUGGUAGCAUUCCUGGGAGGCCACACUUCCCAUGCACACAUGCCCCCCAUGCUGUGUCCAGGAGAGCACCCCAGGAUUUAUAGACUGCCACCCUGAUGCCUGCGGGUCCCACUUGAAACACCCCCAGGAUGGGCAGCAGGACCCCAGGUUCACACCAGCCUCAAGGCCAAGCAGAGCUAUCCUAAGGUGUGCUGUCCCUGCCCCUGUGGCCCUGUCAGCCCGGCUGUUCUGCCAGGAGAGAUAAGGUAUCAGCUGCCCCCAUUGUCCCCACUGUGCACACCUCCCUGCUUCUACAGGAAGAACCGGGCUACUGGCCUGGCCUGGCUGGAACCACAUUCAAAGCCCAGACCUGAAACUUGAAAGAAAAAGAAAUCCCAAACAAAUUCCCCUUGUGCCAGCUCUGACCCCUGCCACUCCCCUGUGUGACUGUCCUGUGGCUGACCUGGCCUGGGGGACUUGAAACAACAGCAAUAUCCUCCCCGGGGCUGGGGGCUGGAGGCUGACGCGCACCCCGCCACGGGGGCCCACUUGGCUGUGCUCCCCUGGCCGUGCUCUCGGUCCCCUGGGUCACUGGAUUUGGGGCCCUCCCACCACCCCGGACAACCUCGUGUCAGGAUCCCUGCCAGGGAUCUCAUUACCUGUGCACACCUUUCUGCAAGGCCACGUUCACAGGCUCUGGGGUCGGACGCGGAUGUGCAUUUGGGGGGCACCAUCCUGCCCACGUCACUCAGGGUUUUGGUUGUGACUUCGCUUAGAAGAGCUGCCUGCUCUUACCGGCACUGGACUGGAGUAGUCACUGUCCCCGCACUGAGCGGCCGCGUGGGAGGAGAGGACCGAAACAGUCCAUAAGAGCGCAGCUGCUUGAGGGACCCCCCCCCACCCCAGUUGAUGCAUUCACACCCCAGGUCCAGGUGGUACUUUCACCCUGCUUCCUCUCGGCGUCUGCUUUUCUGUACCCAAACCCCGCUGUGCACCCUGGCCAUUGACUCCCCUCCUCCCUGCCCCCCAGCCAGCCCCAGCCACCCUGGGGUGAUGGUACCCUAGAUGACUCCCUGCAAGUCUUGGCAAAAGUCAGAUGGCUUCGAAGGCCACCCCAAGUAAUGUCCCCAUCAGUGACCGGAAACCUUGCCCUUGAUACUGAGCCUCUGGGUCCCGCCCCCAGCCCCGCGACCACACACAGGCCCAGCUCCAGCCUCUCGGCUCCCGGCUCCCUAUCAGGUGCACUCGGUCUUCUCAGCCUGAAGGUAUUUGCAGCUGGAGCUGGUGAGAUUCAGAUUUGCUUGGGUUUUGGGUGCAGGCGAGAGUCAAGGCUGACUGAGGUUUCAGCGUGAGCCGUGGGGCAGGACAGUGCUGGGAGGGCUGGGAGGGCAGGAGCAGCCCUGGCGCCUUGGCAGGAGUAGGGUUCCCCAAGCGGGGAGAAGGUGGCUAGGCCAUCUCCCCCUCCGGACCGCCCUUGUGCUCACACUGCACCUCCCCCCCGAAGCUGGUCCCUACCUGCCCAGGAGCUGGGCAGAUCAGAGAAACUGUAGCCCUACAGGCCCUGGGAGCCCGCACAGGGCCCCACCCACUUGCCAGGCAAAGGCCUGCCUGCCCCUCGGGUGUGCCGAGGCCCGGUUCCAGGAAGUGGUCAGCUGUGGGAGACAGGGGCCUCAGGGAACAGCCUGUACUGGACCCGGGAGCCAGCCCACUUGCAGCAUGUGCAAGGCCAUGAGCGGGGGCAGGCUGCCAGGGCCUCUCUGGAGUUACGCAAGCCCGGCACAAGUCCCAGGCCAAAGAGAGAGAGCUGUCUUUACCUCCAUUUCCCGGAAGGAAGCUGAGGCCCAGAAUAUCUGAGGCACUUACUUGCCUGGAUCACCAAGCGGGAGUCUGGGUUUCCAAUCCUGCUGCCUCGCAAAACCCCAUGUGGCCGCUCUGUGCCACCUCUCCCACCUCCCUGCCCCCCCCCCCAGUUCAUAUGAGGUCCCACGUGGCUCUCAGGUACGCCGAGCCCUUUCAGCCCCCGGCUCUUUGCGUGUGCUGCUUGGAGUACUCAUCCCCUUUCCCGGUGCUGGGUGCCCAUCUCCUUGAAUCAAGGAAGCUCACCCCUCCCGCAGUGGUCACCAAGUACCGCCUAAGCGGAGAGCAGUUGGGAGAGGCCGGCAUGGCUGGCACGGCUACCCAAAUCCCCCGCCACCGUCCUGACCCAGGCCUCUCACUCCUACUCAUGAAAAUUCACGUGCUCUUUGAAUCUGGCCGUGGCCCGCGUGGAGUGAGUUCACCUUGCUGCUCAUCUUAGCCUUCCCUAUCACCUCUGUGCCCGCUCCACAAUCCCAGCAGUAGGGCAGAGAGCCGGAGCGUCAAAGUUGAGCUCAGCAUUAGGAGAGCCAAGGGCAGGUGUGGUGAACGGCAGGCCCAGCACCGCUCUCCGGGCAACACCGGCUGCCCCAGAGAGAACGGGCUCAGUUUGACCCCCUCAAGACCAGGGCUUGAGUCUUGCACUUGUUCCUCUUCUGUGAACCUUUUCCAGUGUCGGAUGUUUCUGUGAAGAUGUGGGGCUCAGAACCGAGUAGGAGUCAGUGCCAGUCAAGCAGAACUGUCACUGCCCACAUCCUGCAGCCUGUGCCCUAACUGAUGUAACCCAAGGUUGCAAACCAAGACCGCCAUGCUCCUGCCUCGCCCACUGGACCUAGCUCUAGCUCUCACCUGGCUUGCACAGGUGCAGUCACCUGGGGAAUUUUUUCACUUUCCCUGGCCACACCGCACCCUCAUUAAAUCAACAGGUUUAGAGAUGGCCCCAGCAGUGAUGUUGGGUGAUCAGGGCCAAAAGACCUUGGCACUGUUGACCCUUCAGCAUCAACCACUGCCCUUGACUCGCCGAGUUUCUGGUCUCUAGGCCUUUAAGGGUGACAGUCAAUAUUUAUUCAUUUUAUUUGUUUGUUUGUUU